UGUAUUUAAGGCGUGCGCCACCAAUUGCUGAGCAUCAUUUCCCAAACAGGCGUCAACCAGCAGCACAGCGGCAAGAGCUCCAAUAUCACAUCCACGUUGCUGUUAAAACAAAGCAAAAAUAAAUAAAAGGAGGAAAAUGUUGCGCUUUCUCGCUUAUCUGCUCGCCAGUUUGUUCUUGUUAUCAGCUGCGCACGCGCAGCAAAGUUCCGCCAAGCCUGGACAGGUCGGCGGGCAAUUCGAACGCACUCGUCAUUUAGCUGCUCCUCCAAUUAAUCUCAGUGCGCCUGCAAUUUAUUUGCCUGAAGUAAUUCCAGUGAGAGAGGAGCCACAGGAACCACAAACAACGCCAAGAGCGCCAAUAAGAGCUACAAGAAGAACAAUGAGAAGUGGAACUUAGUGGAAACUGAA